UGCGGAUUACGGAAGUAAGAGUAGAAUCUUUCAAAUUGGUGCAGCAUGAGGGUGUAAACCUGAGGCAACUGUAAAUAGGUAUGCUGUAAAACAGGUAUUUUAUGAAUCUGCUUUCGACGCAAAGACAAAGCCAUGGCGAUGUCUCAGAGGGAACUGAAGGAAGCAUUUGUCAGUAAUCUCAAUGGGACCAGUCUGUGGGAGGUGACACUGGGCUCAUUUCUCACCCCACUAUGCCUCAUCAACAGAGGACUGAUUCUGAUCCUGUACCAUCAGGCCAAAGGGAUUCUACCGCUACCACUUCCCCUGAUUUCUCACCUGCUUCUAGACUUCGCUGUGCUUGUUCUCCCCCUCAUCCUGUCCUGCACACUUCUGAGUAGCACUCUUCACCUGGUCAUCACAAGUCUAGCUUUGAUUUCAGCUUGUGUGUUUUGCUAUAUCUAUUAUACCAGCAGCAGUCAGCACCCAGAGAACACUGUCAGCACCUUCCUUCAGAGUCACAUUCAAUUCAACCAGGUUCCCUUUGUGACAAUCUUCAGAGUGUUUGUAAAUGUGAAAACUGCCAUCAGCAUUCUUGCCGUUGACUUCAGUGUCUUCCCAAGGCGUUAUGCUAAAACAGAAACCUAUGGGACAGGGGUUAUGGACUUUGGGGUCGGUGCGUACGUCUUUGCAAAUGCCCUCGUCUGUCCAGAGGCACGGAGGAAGAACAUCUCAGGAUCCAGGAUGAAUCAUAUCAAAAAGCAGCUCCAGUCCGUCUGGCCCCUGGUUGUUCUUGGUAUGGGAAGACUGGUGAGCGUCAAAAUGACCGGCUACCAGGAGCAUGUGACAGAAUAUGGCGUCCACUGGAAUUUCUUCUUCACACUAGCUGUCGUCAGAGUUGUGGCUUCUAUGGUUUUGGCAGUUUUACCAGCCAAUCAGUCGUGGGUUUUUGCCCUUCUGAUUAGUGGAUUUUAUCAGUUCACUCUGGAGACAUCUGGGCUGAAAACCUUCAUCAUCCACAACAAUGACAGAGAAAAGGAUUUUCUGCAUGCUAACAAGGAGGGCAUAUUCUCUGUCGUGGGUUAUGUAGCCAUCUACAUGGCAGGAGUUCAGGUGGGACUCUAUGUGAUGCAACCAAGAUCCCAGGUUAGACAGUGGCUCAAAGCCCUUUUUAACAUCUUGUUGGGAGGUUUUGCCCUGUAUGCUGCUUUGUACAUCUGUCAGACACUGAUGGAGCCAGUGUCUCGCCGCUUAGCUAAUUUACCUUUCUGCAUUUGGAGUGUUGCUCAGUCCUUGUUUUUUAUGUCCUGUCUUGGUGUAGCUGACAUGGUUUUACUGUUUUCCAAAAGAAUAUCAGGCUUCCACUUUGUACCCUCAUCAUGGAAUUUGUGUAAAAAACAAUCAGACUCUGACAGAAAGACAGGUGAAAUAGAACGACACUGCCUUGUUCAAGCUGUCAGCAGGAAUCAGUUAUUAUUUUUCUUGCUUGCAAAUGUCAUGACAGGAUUGACCAACUCCAUAGUGGACACACUUACCUCCAGCAGUAUAUUUUCAGUGUGUGUUUUGCUAUCAUACAUGUUCACGAAUUGCUUUGUAAUAUAUGUUUUACAUAUUUGUGGAAUCACAGUAAAAUUCUGGUAAAACUACAUUUGUAACUGUACUAUAAGGUUCAUUUGUGUAUUUUGAAGGUUUUUGUGAGGUUGGCGUGACAAUUCAGGACAAUAUAAACACUGGGAGGAGUUAAUGUCAUAAGAAGAUAUGAUAUAUACUGUAAUACUGAAGUUAAGAUUGUACAUGAUGUUUAUAUAUAUGCAAAUACAUGUAUUGAUAAAAUGGUUUGUCAGAAUAGGUAAGGACUUGGACUACAAUAUACUGUCAAACCGGACAUGUUAAGUGUGCUUCAAUUAUUUGCAUUUGUUAAUGUUUUUGUUUUUUAAAAAGAAAGAAAGUGUAGUCAUUACUGCUAAAUAAUGCAUUCUGUUUAAACUGUAUUGGUUUACUUUAGAAAUGUCUUUGGUUUACUAGGAUUUUAAGACCUCAGACUUGAAUCUGAGCUUUUUUUAAAAAAGGGAAAACAGUAUUUAAAACAGUUCAGCAAUCAAGCAUAGUUUGUAACAUCAGCUAUAGAGCUGUUGUUUUUCUGUAUAUCCAUGUACACACCCGCUGUCUCUUCUUAAUCUCUUAUUUACUAUUUCUUGAUUUUGAAAGGUUUUAGUUUCCCAUCCCAACAACAUCCUGUUCAAAUCUCAGUGACUUCAACAUCUAUACUUUCAUCACUUUAAUUUUUUAUUCACUACCGUUGCAGUCUGUGCACCAAACCCUCAAACUUAGAUUAAUAUCUAAUACAGCAACAUAUGCAUGUCAAACUAAGCAAAUAAAAAUUAAGAAGUGGAAAACCUUAGGGCUCAGUUAUGCGUUUCAAAUAAACUGGA